CCCUCUAUGGCUUCCCUCAGCGCAACUGGAAGGAAGGUGGCCUGAAGGGUGCCCUCCCUGCCGUGGGGCUGAAGCUCAACGACCUGAUCCAGCGCCUGCAGCUCUGCUACCAGCUGACCACCGCCGGCAAGUUCGAGGAGGCCGUGGAGAAGUUCCGCUCCAUCCUGCUCAGUGUGCCCCUGCUGGUGGUGGACAACAAGCAGGAGAUAGCUGAGGCUCAGCAGCUGAUCGCCAUCUGCCGCGAGUACAUCGUGGGGCUCUCCAUGGAGAUCGAGAGGAAGAAGCUGCCCAAGGAGACCCUGGAGCAGCAGAAGAGGAGCUGUGAGAUGGCAGCCUACUUCACCCACUCCAACCUGCAGCCCGUGCACAUGAUCCUGGUGCUGCGCACCGCCCUCAACCUCUUCUUCAAGCUCAAGAACUUCAAGACCGCCGCAGCCUUCGCCCGGCGCCUGCUGGAGCUGGGCCCCAAGCCGGAGGUGGCCCAGCAGACCCGCAAGAUCCUCUCCGCCUGCGAGAAGAACCCCAGCGACAGCCAGCAGCUGAGCUACGACCCCCACAACCCCUUCGACAUCUGCGCCGCCUCCUACCGCCCCAUCUACCGCGGCAAGGCGCUGGAGCGCUGCCCCCUCAGCGGCGCCUGCUACUGCCCCGAGUUCCAGGGGCAGCUCUGCAGGGUCACCACGGUGACAGAGAUCGGGAAGGACGUCCUGGGGCUCAGGAUCAGUCCCCUCCAGUUCCGCUAGGCCUGAGCUGGCCGGGCAGGGAACCUCCCUCAGCUGCCCAGCAGGGUGGGAGCCUUCCCCUCCCUCCUUCCCCUCCUGCUGCCUGCACCCU